UGGUACUGAUGCACAAGUACUGCGAGUACCUGUGAAGACAAAGUACACGUUUUUUCACCCCCAGAUAAACUUUGUGGAUUUUUUAAAAUGUUGAAGAUAAAAGGAACAUUGUCUUCUUCCCUGCUGCUUUUUAUCGUCCUGCUGGGGACCACCGUCUCAGGCCUCUAUCCCACAGCACAGAACGUCACCUGGAAAUCCACAAACUUUAAAAGCAUUCUGACCUGGCAGCCGUUCCCAAGCGAUUACUCCUACACCGUGGAGUUCUUCGUGCUUGGCGGGAACAAACAGAGGAACUCUAACUGCAUACGGACUUCAGCGACUACUUGUGACCUGACCAGCUCUCUAACUGACGUCAACGCUUGCUAUGUGGCAGACAUCCUGUCUGAACCCCCUCUGGGAGCGACCUCUGACCUCAUCGAGUUCCCCUACACUAGAUCGCCAAAAUUCUGCCCCUACAAGGAAACGGAUAUCGGCAGACCCGAGUUCAAGCUGGAGGUGAGCGGCGACAAAAGGAAGACGACACUUUUCGUGACGGACCCUCUGACGGCCUUGUUCAAAGACGACCAGCAGAUGAACGUCAGGGACGUUUUCUCGGAGCAGCUCCAGUACAAAGUCACGUACCGCAGGAAUAAGAGCACCGGCAAGAAAGUCUACAUCUCCAAGACCAACGUGAUGGAAAUACCCAACCUGGACCGAGGGGAGAGUUACUGUUUUACGGUUCAAGCCUUCAUUCCCAGCCGAAGCAUCGAUAAACAGCUGGGAAAACCGAGCCGUACCCAGUGUUCCAACGACGACAAUGAAAGCUUCUUUGAUGUGUAUUCAGUCGGUGUGAUUGCAGGCGCCGUGCUGCUUAUUUUGCUGCUCAUCAUCGCCAUCGUCGUGUUAACCAUCGUGUGCUACAGGCGCAGGAAGAAAAGUAAGGAAAGCGAGAAAGAAGGCGUUCCACUGCGGAGUGUGUAACUUUGACCAUGUCUCUUUAGUCGCUUUUGGAAUAUGCGGUACAGCGAGAACAGAUUUCCUUUCCUGACACAGGAAACAAAAGUCCAGUUUCUGUGAAACUGUUUUGGUUAAUGGGAUUUUACACAGUGUGGAAAAUAAUUCUGCACAACAUUCAUACUGCUCAAACACUCAAUGAGAACUUUUCCAUGUACACAAUAUUCAUGUUUCCUUUAAAUUUUGCCUCCACAAGUACUCCCAUUUACUGUACAUCACUCUGCACCGGCUGUAGGAGUCGUGGUGCCAGCUAGCGACCAAUACUACCGUUUUAUUGAUAUAUAUGAUAUAUUGAUAUAGCGGGGGACGACUGUACAUGACAUUGGACUCGCGAGGACGAGCUGAGACGAGAUUUAAACAUUUGGAAAUGUUUUAAAAGUUUGCAUGUGUGAUAAUUAUGAUGUCCUUCUCGUGUUAGAACGUCUUUCCUCUGUUCAAUCAUGCUCUUCAAAGGCACAAUGACACAAUACUGUGGGACAUGUGUGAUCACACGACACUGUGGGACGUGUGUGAUCACACGACACUGUGGGACGUGUGUGAUCACACGACACUGUGGGACGUGUGUGAUCACACGACACUGUGGGACGUGUGUGAUCACACGACACUGUGGGACGCGUCUGCUCACACGACACUGUGGGACGCGUCUGAUCACACGACACUGUGGGACGCGUCUGAUCACACGACACUGUGGGACGCGUCUGAUCACACGACACUGUGGGACGCGUCUGAUCACACGACACUGUGGGACGCGUCUGAUCACACGACACUGUGGGACGCGUCUGAUCACACGACACUGUGGGACGCGUCUGAUCACACGACACUGUGGGACGCGUGUGAUCACACGACACUGUGGGACGCGUGUGAUCACACGACACUGUGGGACGUGUGUGAUCACACGACACUGUGGGACGUGUGUGAUCACACGACACUGUGGGACGUGUCUGCUCACACGACACUGUGGGACGCGUCUGAUCACACGACACUGUGGGACGCGUCUGAUCACACGACACUGUGGGACGCGUCUGAUCACACGACACUGUGGGACGCGUCUGAUCACACGACACUGUGGGACGCGUCUGAUCACACGACACUGUGGGACGCGUCUGAUCACACGACACUGUGGGACGCGUCUGAUCACACGACACUGUGGGACGCGUCUGAUCACACGACACUGUGGGACGCGUCUGCUACUGCUCACACUGUGGGACAAAAAAUAUUAAUUCACAUUCGAAUCACGAUUCUUAUUCAUCCCGAUUCUAAAUUGAUUAUAUUUUUAAAUGUGUUUAAAAAAAUAUAAAAAAUAUAUACAUAUAUAUAAUUAUAUAUAUAUAUGUAUACAUAUGUAUGUGUAUAUAUAUAUAUAUACACACAUAUACAUAUAUAUACAUUUUUAGUAGGGGUGUCAAAAAAAGAUUUUCGAAUGAAUCAUUAUCUUUAAUCUAUUAAACAAAAAUUAAAUUUUUUUUUUUUUUUUUAAAUAAAUAUUUUUUAAACAUUUUUUUCUCUUAAAUCUUUCCUGUCCAGCUACUCGGGCAAAUCAUAAAGUUGAUGAAGAUGAUCAUAUCUGCUGUACAAAUUUACUACAAAAAAUAUUCUCUUGAUGCCUUAUUUGUAUUUGACUUUAUUAAAUGUUUAGGUAGAAUUUUACUAAACCAGUUUUCUUUUAGGUAAUAUAGAAAUUUGUCACAGCAGUUUAUCUAUUUAAUAAGAAUAUAGUUAAUCAUAGACUGGCACCCAAUGUUAAUAAAAAGUAUUGAUUUUGAAUCGAGAAUAGAUUCUGAAUUGAUUUGUUAUCCACAAGAAUCGAAUCGUGCGAUGCCUAAAGAUUCACAGCCCUAAUUUUUAGAGCUUUUAUAACCUGUUUUGAAAAAGUUUCAUUACAAUAAUUAUACCAAAUAAUACACUGCGAGAAUCAGUUUGAAUCGAGAAUUGAUUCUGAAUCGAAUAGUCACCGCAGGAGUUUUCAUCGGAUUAAGUAGUUGCCUUACUUAAGUGUCUUACUCUGGAUAAAUAAAGGUUAAAUAAAUCUGUCAAUACAUGUAGACCAGGAAGUACAUGCUUACAUACUACAUUACCCAGAAGGCUUAGAGAUGUAGGCAGGAACAAGAAGUAGGUCCGUCCUCCCACUAAAUAGUUGAUAUUGUGUUAUAUGUUGUUGUUACUGCUUCAUCAACGUAGGAAAAAUAAUGUUUUGAUUAGACAGUUGGAGCGUGCGUUUCGGACCAAUUUGAUUGCCGAAAAUGACACCGAUUGACCAAAAAUGUGUUUUAUAGUCGCGGGCAUCGGACUAAAGUUGCAAACCCGAGCAUAAUUAACAGGUAUUGAUUGACAUGCGAUUAUUGCGCAAAUUGCAAAACCUAGAGGGACUGAAAUAUGUGGCAGCCGUCCAUUUUCAUAAUUUCUGGGCUAUAAGAGCUGUUGCUAUGGUAAUGAGCAAGCACAUCCAAAGUGCUGCUCUGUCACGUCUUGUAGCAGGUCUCGAGUCAACGAAUGACGCAAGGUUUACUUGUGCGAAUGUGAGCUUCCGAUCCCGCCCACUUUCACAUUACGUGCAUCAGCAGUCACAAAGGUCUUUGAAGUCAGUGACAGCUGCUUGGAAAUCCUCAGAUAUGCUUGCUGCGGAGACUGGAAAAGGGGGCGGGGCUUCCUACCCUUAUUUCACAUUUCACUUUGGCCAGCUCUCGUCAUACCCCAAAUAUUUACAAUACAUUAUUUCUUUGGCAUGGGAGCCGUGAUCAUCUGCGACAAUAACUAUAAAAAUAAUAGAGCUACAGCCCUAAUUGCUAUCUUCAAUGCUAACAUGAAAAAAUAUGCUAAUUCAUGUUGUGUUAUUUUUAAAUCUGCAAACUCCAUUGAAUAGUGUGGCCAUGCCACUGUAAUGUGUGAAUUAAACAAUCUAAUAUUUAAUUAGGUUUUCACUAUAUUUCAGGUAGUACAGGAAUACUGUGUGCAUGGAAGUGAAUAUAUUAGUACUAUUAUCUGCGUGUAUUUAUUUGAAUUUUUGUCUUUUCUAACUUCAAUCUGCAGCUGUGUGUGUUAUUGUUGUUGACAAUGAAUCACUAUUUAAUAUUCAACUUACUACUGAGAUGUCAGAUUUUAAAUCGUUUUGUGGACCAAAGGGUACGAAAAUAUUGGAUGUUGAAAGAAAAUAUGAAUUGUACAGUAGACAGAACACCAAGCUAAAAUGUGUAUAUUUGAAUGGUUGGGGUACACCAAGUACCACAGCAGGUACUACUUGGAAUCUUUUUCUUUUACAGAUGAUUAUUUUUGCAUAUCUUUGACACUGUCCGUACUGUAAUAAUUUUUGUGCUCUGUGUUUAUGUGGAACUUGACACUGGAAACUCUAAUAAAUACCUUUAAUAUUU